CCACAGGCCUCCCACAACAAACACAUUCCACCCAUUCGUGACUCCCAGCAUUGGCACCUAAUCAGGCUGUGGUUUCACCCAGAGAGCCAUGACCACAAAAGUACGUAGGGGCAGGAGAGAGAAGAGCUGGAUAGACCGUGUGCCACUGGAGGAGCGAGCUGUACGAGAUAAGCUGGACUCAGGCGCAGGAACUCAGAAGUUAGAAGGACUGCAGUCUUUUACAAGGAUGUAAUGUCUGCCAUCAUGGGACAGAUGAGGAUGUUUAACAUUGACACGUUCCUCGUCAUUUGUGGCGUUCUUUGUUUCACCUGCACAGGAGCUUCCGAGACAGAGCGGAGACUCCAUCAGAAGUUGUUCCAGGACUACAAUGUGAAAGUCAGACCGGCUCGUCACUGGAAGGACAGGGUGAUGGUGCGAGUGGGGAUGACGCUUUCCCAGCUCAUUGGCUUGAAUGAAAAGAACAGCGAGAUGACAACAAACGUGUUCAUGAAUCUGAAUUGGACAGACUACAGGCUGUCAUGGAACCCGGAGGAGUACGAUAACAUUGCAGUUUUGAGAAUUCCUCCCCAGAAGGUGUGGCGUCCUGACAUCUACCUGAUAAACAAUCACGAUGGGCAGUUCGAUGUGGCUCUGUACGUUAACGUCUUGGUUUACAGUAAUGGUAUGGUCAUUUGGUUGCCUCCUGCCAUCUACCGCAGUUCCUGCUCCAUUGAGGUGGCAUAUUUCCCAUUCGACUGGCAAAACUGCAGUAUGGUUUUCCGCUCGUACACCUAUGACGCCUCAGAAGUUGACUUGCAGUUCUAUCUUGAUGAAAGUGGGGCAGAUAUCCAGGAGAUUGUCAUCGAUAAGAAUGCUUUCACAGAGAAUGGAGAGUGGGCCAUCCGUCACAAACCAAGCAGAAAGAAUGUUGGGGAUGACCUGUAUGAAGACAUUACCUUCUACCUCAUCAUAGAGAGGAAACCUCUCUUCUACAUCAUUAACAUCAUUGUCCCCUGCAUCCUCACCAGUGUGUUAGCUAUAUUUGUCUUCUACCUUCCUCCUGGAGCAGGGGAGAAGAUGACUCUGUCCAUUUCUGUCCUCAUCGCUCUGACGGUCUUUAUGUUGCUACUGGCCGACAGAGUCCCAGAGACCUCACUUGGCAUCCCUAUCAUCGUCAACUACGUCAUGUUCACCAUGAUCCUGGUCACUUUCUCUGUCAUCCUGAGUGUGGUGGUCCUCAACCUUCACCACCGAACACCUAGUACCCACAUCAUGCCGAACUGGGUUAGAAAGGUCUUCAUUCACAUCCUGCCCAGAUACAUCGGUAUGAUGAGACCAAACCCAGAAGAACCUUUACUGGAGGAGGAUUCAGAGAAGGAUGACACAACGUUCCGAGGUCUAACUGUACACCAGCCUGGAGGAGAGUAUUUCUUUCGCAAGAUCAACCCUGACCUUGUCUUACCCUGGAGAGGGAGGUGUGAAAGCACAGUGCAGCUCCAGCGACUCCCAGACUCAGACCGGUUCUGCCUAAUCCUUCCUCCAAACCUAAAGUCAGCCAUCGACGCUGUGACCUACAUAGCCGAGCAGCUGAAGAAGCAGGACACAGACGACUCAAUGACAGGAGACUGGCAGUACAUCGCACUGGUGGUGGACCGUCUCUUCUUGUGGCUAUUUGUCAUCAUCACCACACUGGGAACCCUAGCAGUGUUCCUGGAUGCUAGUUUUAAUUACACCCCAGACAACCCCUUCCCAUAGGGGGCAGCAUUCUGCAAACAGGCAGACCCUUAAAUCCGCUCUAUGGCUGUCCCAACUCUGCUCCCCUGGUUGGACUUCCCUUGACCAAGUGCUCAGUUUGGUUAACUUGUAUUCUAAAGUUGCUCUUCUUUGAAACAAAAAGAGGCCAAAUUUAGAUCCUAACUCUAAUAAUUCUUUUUAUAUAUCUAUUUAUGUGAUCAGUCUGGUUUUAUGAUUCUAAAAACUUGAACUUUGUGUUUAUAGACGUUUGCAGUCAUGUAGAAUAAACUGAACCUUUCACAGAACACUGUGGAUGUAUUUUCUAUUUUAGCCAGUAGAGGACAGUAAGGGGGUGUCCAGUGGAGACUGCAGCUGCAGAGGGAAUCAGAUUAGAUGCAUGUACAUACUUUGUAAAGCAGAUUGGUUAAAAUAAACUAUGAAAUCUAUAAAAUAAGCUGAAAUAAGCUAUUUUGCUUGGGCUAAAAAAAACAAUAUUUACAUAAUUCAAUUGCUUUACCUAUAUAAUGUUGUAUUAUUGAACUAAAAAAACAAAAGCAUUUGAUUGGUCUCUUGUCUGAUUCUUGUUUUAGAAAUUGGUUAUAUUUACAUUCUGUCAUUAAUUUAUUCUUGUCUUAUUUUAGAUAUGUGCUUUGGCUCACUGUGAGACUGAAAAUAAAUGGUUUGAUAUUUGUAAGUGUUCAAUAAAUCAUUCGACUUGU